GCACUUGUUACGACCAUCGUAUUGAUUAAACUAUAUAAAGAACAUUUGUAUUUAAUGCAUUUUUAUAGGACACACGAUUUUUGCCGCUUCGUUUGAACGUUACAUUGUCGUUUUUUUUUCUCUUCCCACUGCCAUGAUUUUUUUGAAUAUUUUUUUUUUAAUUAUCACGUGUCAAAUUCAGCCCAGUUACCAGAAAGACAGCGGAAAAAGUGGAAAUCGAGCGCACAGUUUGGAGAGUGAAACAGUGAUAGAAAAUAAAAAUGUAAAUAUUGUGGUGAAUGUUGACCCGAAGGAUGUGGCCAAGGAAUUGUGGAAAAUAAUCGAAAAACGAAUGGACAAUCCGCCGUCAAGAAGAUCCCAGUUGUCCCACGAUGUCAUCAGGGAAUUGGAAAACAUUGUGACGCCAAUUGUCAUCCCCAGCAGACGCAAAAACGAACCGUCGGCAUUCGAAAUCGCGGAUGCGCUGGAUCACGUCACCAGGAAGGCGCUGAAAGAUGGAUCUAAGGAAAGAAGUUCGAUGGAAGACGAAAUUCUAACGCGUAAUAUUGUCGCGAACAUGAUGAAAACUUUGCACGAGGUCCAAACAAUCGAGUCGAAAUACAUGCGGCCAUCUGAGAGUGUCCUCAAGUAUGGCCAGACUAGGAAAAGUUUGAAAACUGACGACGAUUCUAAUUCUAAUUCCAAUUCUAAUGAAAGUGUUGGUAAGGAUGAAGAUGACGACUAUGUUAAAUUAUUAUUUAAGGUUCGGAAAAACAUGCUCCUGAAAACAAAUAGCUUACAAUAUGUAUUUAAUUGAAUAUUUACUUAUUUAUUAAUCAAUUAUUUUUAUUGUUCUGUAGAUAUUAUUUUAUGUAGGGAAAUAUAUUUUUGGAAAAUUGGCAUAAAUGCCAGAAAAUGGUUUUAAAUAAAACUCGCACUUUUGGUUCCAAUUUGUCUCUUGUUU